UUCGUAAUAACCUUGUAAUGUUUGCAAAGGUCGUUUUUGGCAGUUCGAAAUCGCAGAUUCUAGUGGAGCUUAUCAGAAGUGAAUGCAUUUAUUUGGAAGCAAAACAUAAAUUCUCUAAAAACUGUUCCGAGAUGACAGGACAAUAUAGAGUCGUUAUGGUACGCCAUGGAGAAUCCGAAUGGAAUUUAAAAAAUCAAUUUACUGGUUGGUACGAUUCAAAAUUAAGUGAAACUGGUAAAAAGGAAUCAAUAGCAUGUGGCGAGGCCAUUAAGAAGUCUGGCUUAAAAUUCGAUGUUGCUCAUACUUCAGUACUUUUGAGAGCGCACGAAACAUUAUGCCCCAUUUUGGAUAUAAUUCAGCAAAAAGAUAUUCCAAUUUUUCAGACUUGGCGGCUGAAUGAACGCCAUUACGGAGGUUUAACUGGUUUAAAUAAGGCGGAAACCGCAGCCAAGUACGGUGAGGAGCAGGUAAAAAUCUGGCGUCGUAGUUAUGAUACACCGCCACCGCCAAUGGAGCCAAACCAUCCCUUCUACGAUUGCAUUGUAAAUGAUCCCCGUUACGCCGAUGGUCCUAAAAAGGAAGAGUUCCCCAUGUUUGAAUCAUUAAAACUUACCAUCCAACGUACACUGCCGUAUUGGAACGAUGUUAUUAUUCCACAUUUAAAAGAAGGCAAACGUGUCUUAAUAGUGGCUCAUGGCAAUAGUUUGCGUGGCAUUGUUAAACAUUUGGACAAUAUGUCCGAGGAAGCUAUAAUGACCCUGAAUUUACCCACUGGCAUACCGUUUGUUUACGAACUGGAUGAGAAUUUCAAGCCAGUCGUUUCAAUGAAGUUCCUUGGUGACGAAGAGACUGUCAAAAAGGCUAUGGAAGCGGUUGCAGCCCAAGGCAAAGCUAAGUGAAAGAAGCAUUUUUCCUGCGAGCAAAGUACAAACACGAUCCACUUUUGAUAUUGUUCUUAAAUUUAUGAAAAAUGCGUAUGAAAAUUGUUAUUGUAAUAACUGUUA